GGAUUUCAAAAGAAAUAUAGAGUAGUGCAGAUGUCUUUAUCAACUCUAUGCGAAUAGUGCAUAGCGCACGGAUCGAAGAACGGGGAACUAGAACUUUAGCGGCACCUUCAACAUCCACUUCCCAAAUGCAACUAAAAUGUUACAAUCCCGGAAAUGUUUCGAACCGUCAAACAUCACAGCUGUACCCCUCAAGCCCUGUCAAGGACAAGUCCAACAAGACCGCAAAAACCAAAAUUCAUUAACUUACCUGGCUAGGGUUAAGCCAAAAAAAGAAUCAAACCCUUGCCUGGCACUUUAUCCGCAUGCUCAAAAACACGGAGAGCUGGGCAUGCUAAAUCAUGCUGCAAUAGUAGUCGUCCGCCAGUCAUUCAUCGCAAUUCAAGACACAUCCACCAAACAUACCACACCUUAUCCCGCAAAGUAGGAGUUUGAACCAACCAGAAAGCUAUCCAUACUGCAGGUCGCACUCUCGAUAUCGCUCACCCGGUUCCUGGGUCUUUCGCAGCUUCCUUGAAGCCUCCGGCCAUUACCAUGCUUCCUGUCACUCCAGGGUUGUCCUCCAUGGGAGUUUCUAUAUCUCCCCCCAGCUUUCCCCACGACUGUCAAUGAAGAGCUGCUCUCUUUUCCUUUCUAUCGUUAUUGUACUUUGACGUUACACAUAUAUUACAAUUGGUUGCAACCCUCAUUCAUGCACUCGCAAUCAGAUUUCGAACAAUCAAACAAAUAUCUUGUACUUCGCCCUCCUCGGCCACCAACAUAUAGCACCACAUCUCUGGUUGAGCAUUCACUAUCAUCAAUUCAUUCGUAUCUCGAGAUAUUAAUGAAACUCAAAGAUACUUACUAGUAGCCUAUGCAGAUACCUCUACCCGACAAUACUCAAUCGAACGUCUAUAAUAUCACGAUAUAUUUGACAAUCUCCUACAAUAUGUACCAUUCGAAUCACGACGCGCUCCCAAUUCAUCAGCCUUCUGAUGGCAGAACCAUUAGCUAUGGACGAGAGCCGUUACCGUACCACGACAUCGGCGAUGACAGGGCGCAAAUGCCGAAUUUCAAUCCCCCCAGACUUCCUCCCAUAUCUUCAUUGCUAUCCUCUUUACCACCGGAACAAGUUGAGGAGGGUCAGACGUUUGAUGAGUCGUAUCGUCCGCCAUCACAAGGACCACGGUCUCCAGUAGCAUUGAACAGGCCAAUGUACCUACAUCAGCAACAACGUAGUCCUCGGGAGCUCGAACGCACUUUUAAGCACUCCCAGAGCCCGUUAUCUCCAUACUCGACAUGUCCACCGACACCCAUGUCAGAUGUAUUUGCGACUAGUGAAGGUUCUGUCGCAGCUCAUCACCACGGUCCGUUUGCCCCUCCCAGGGCUCCGCCACCACUCCCCCCUCAGCCAGAAUGUAGACUGGUCGUCAUGCAACAGCCAAUAUCCGCACGAGCUUGUGGAUACGGAGACAAGGACCGUCGAAUGAUAGACCCGCCCCCAAUUCUGACGCUCGAAGUAUUUGAUAAGGAUACAGGUCAGGCUGUCAAUCCAAAGGAGAGAAAGAAUGUCUUGAGUAAAUACAUGCCGAUUGUGCAUUGCACACUAUGGAAUCCCUACACAAAUUGCGAAGAUGACAAGAUCGAGGGAAGUAGUGACCGUAGAAAUCAAAGGAGGAUGGUAGGAACGAUGGUGUGUAACGGUUUCAAAGCACUAGAUAUUCAUGGCGAUGAGCGAUUCUUCUUCACUUUCGCCGAUUUGUCUGUUCGAUUCCCGGGUGACUAUCAAUUGAAAUUCAGAUUGACGUUAAUCGACCCAGCUGCAAUGGGGAAAGGUCAAAGAAACGGGAUUAUGAGUCCAUUGUUAAGCAAUAUCUUUAAGGUACAUAAUGCCAAAGACUUCGAGGGGAUGAGGCCUAGUUCGGAUCUGGCGAAAUCUCUUGUUAGCCAGGGCUAUCCGAAUAUUCUCAAGAUUAAGAAAGGAAAUGCGAAAACAAUUGCAAUGGUUGGCCAAGGGGACGACGAGGAUGACGAUGAUGAAAUGGGAGGAAUGUAAGUGAGGAAUGCGUGUGAAGUCAGUUCUAGCUGGAAAUAUUUAUAAGGAGUCAGCCAAGCUCUAGUGAAUGGCUGCUUUGAUAUUGAAGACGGAGACCGACGAGCUUUGAUUUUUGCAUUGGAUUCAUUGUUGAUCCGUUGAAAGCGGGAGUUAGCGUCUCAAAAUGGUUGCUCUUUUGGUGAAGAGAUUUGGACAAUGGUAUGAAUUUAUGAAUUUAUGAAGAGCAAGAGCGAGAGUCAGGGCAGCAACGUUGGUAUUGGGUUGUACUGAUAAUUGUACUGGUUGUUUGGUGAAAACUUCGGUAUCGUGAUCAAACUUCACCCCAAGUUUUGCAUUCUACAAAUUGUUAUUGUGGCAGUGGAAGAUAUACCAAUGAAUACGAAUAAAUGUUAAACGUCAAAUAUCAAAAAUCACAUAUCAAUUCAAAAUGGUAUAUCAAAAUUUGUUCUUAUUCUUUACUUUUCUUUCUGUCAUUCAAUUAGCUUUAGCUAUUCAUCUAGCUACCUACGUAUCUACAUAGAUCUAGGCAGCUUCGAAUCCUUCUUCUACUAUAAUAGUCUUAAUAAUAAUAAAAUAUUGAGUUCUUUAGAAACA